UUUAAAUUCUGUCACCUUCGAUCGGUUCGGUUUCAGUACCGCGCUACCACGGCCGCCAAGCCAUGCUGAUCGUCGCCGUGUUUGUGGCCUUCUUUGGCAUCUUUUGGAUCUACUUUCACUUCCGACAGCGGUAUCUGUUCUGGCUGAAUCGCGAUGUGCCGUACCUGGAGCCGACGUUCCCGUUUGGGAAUAUGAUAGACAUCUUCAAUCCCAACAUUCACUUUGCGCAUCUCAUCCAGAAGCUGUACCAACAGCUGAAGGAUCGGGGUGACUAUGUUGGACUUUUCUUCUUUCGCGAUCCCGUGCUGCUUGUGCUGUCGCCCGAGUUCGCCCGGACGGUUAUGGUGAAGGACUUUAACUACUUCGUCGAUCGGGGUGUGUACAGUAAUGAAGAGUUUGAUCCACUGUCGGCGAACCUGUUCUUCAUGGAGGGUGCCAAAUGGCGAAAGCUACGAUCGAAGCUAACGCCAACCUUUACCUCCGGCAAGUUGAAGGCCAUGUUCCACACCAUUGUGGACGUAGCGACCCGGCUGGACCAGCAUCUUGGUGAGCGGUGUGUCAGAAUGCAGCGGAUAGACAUUAAAGAGCUGCUAGCGCGCUUCAUGACGGACGUGAUCGGUUCGUGUGCGUUCGGGAUCGAGUGUAACACGCUGGAAAAUCCCAACUCCCAGUUCCGACUGAAGGGCAAGCGGAUGAUCAACCUACCGAAGCUGAAAUCGCUCAAAGUGUUCUUCGCCAUGAUGUUCCGCAAGCAGGCCCAAGCACUCGGCAUACGCUACAACGACAAAGACGUGGCCGAUUUCUUCAUGAAUGUCGUGCGGGACACCAUCCGCUAUCGGGCCGAGAACGGUGUGCGGCGGGAUGACUUCAUGCAGCUGCUGAUCGACAUGAUGCAGGAAAAUGGUGCCGGUGCUGGUGAAUCGCUCACGUUUGAGGAGAUUGCCGCCCAGGCGUUUGUGUUCUUUUUCGGUGGUUUUGAAACGUCCACGACCACGCUGACGUUUGCGCUACAUUUGCUGGCGCAGCAUCCGAAAGCGCAGCGGAAGGCCCGGAAGUGUGUGCGCAGUACACUGGCCAAGCACGGCAAUGAGAUGACGUACGAGGCGAUUAAGGAUAUGUAUUACCUUGAGUGUGUCAUACACGAAACCCUGCGUCUUUACCCACCAGUUGCUUCCAUCCAUCGAAUGACCUCCCAGCCCUACCAGCUUCCGAAUGGAGAAGUCAUCCCAGAGGGCGUCGGUGUGAUCAUCUCCAACCUUGCCUUCCAGCACGACCCAACCCUGUUUCCCGAUCCGCUCGUCUUCAAACCGGAACGGUUCGAGGACAAAACGUUCGCCAAAACCAAUCCAAGCUAUUUGGCUUUCGGCGAUGGACCGCGGAUGUGUAUUGCGAUGCGCUUUGGAAAGCUUCAGACGUGUCUUGGGUUGGCAAUGUUGCUAAAAAGCUACACAUUUAGCCUGGAAGAUUGUGACGUGGACCGCCCGUUGCUCAUUGAUCCGAUCAAUCUGAUGUAUGGACCGGCCGGCCCAGUGUGGUUGAACGUGGAACGUUACGUAGAGGGUAGCAAGAGCUCGUUUCGACCCGCUUCAGUCAUGUUCGUACAGUUCCUGCUCGUGGUCAGCCUCGGCUGGCUGUGGAUUUACCUGCACUUCAAGCAGCGGUACCGGUUCUGGGCAGAGCGGCAGGUGCCGUUCCUGGAGCCAUCGUUUCCGGCCGGCAAUGUGCCCGACACCCUCAAGCCAACCAUCCACUUUGCUUACAUCAUCGAGAAGCUGUACAAGAGGCUGAAAUCGAAGGGGGAUUAUGUUGGCAUUUACUUCUUCCGCGAUCCGGUACUGCUCGUCCUAUCGCCCGAGUUCGCUCGGACAGUGUUGGUGAAGGAUUUUAACUACUUCGUCGAUCGGGGUGUGUACAGCAACGAGGAAGUGGACCCACUGUCGGCGAACCUGUUCUUUCUGGAGGGCAAUCGAUGGAGAAAGCUAAGAUCGAAGCUUGCGCCAACCUUUACCUCGGGCAAGCUGAAGGCCAUGUUCCACACGAUAGUGGACGUGGGUAACCGGUUGGAUCAGCAUCUGGCGGAAAAAUGCCAGCAAGUGAAGCGGAUCGACGUCCGACAGCUGAUGGCCUGCUUCCUGACCGACGUCAUCGGUUCGUGUGCGUUCGGGAUCGAUUGUAACAGCCUGGAAAAUCCCAACUCUCAGUUCCGUGUGAUGGGCAAGCGGAUGAUAAACCUACCUAAAUUAAAAGCCCUCAAAGUGUUCUUCGCCAUGAUGUUCCGCAAGCAGGCGAGAGCACUCGGCAUACGGUUCAACGAUGAAGACGUUUCGGACUUCUUUAUGAACGUGGUGCGCGACACAAUCCGCUACAGGGAGGAGCACGGUGAGCGGAGGGACGAUUUUAUGCAGCUGCUGAUCGACAUGAUGAAACAGGACGGCGCGGCUGAGGAAGAUCCGCUCAAGUUCGAGGAGGUCGCCGCGCAGGCGUUUGUGUUUUUCUUUGCCGGGUUUGAAACGUCCGCCACCACGCUGACCUUUGUGCUGCAUUUGCUCGCCAAACAUCCGGAAGUGCAGCUGGAGGGACGGGAAUGUGUUCGAGAUGUGUUGGCGAAACACGACAACAAACUGUCGUACGAUGCGGUCAUGGAGAUGGAGUACCUCGGGUGGAUUGUGAAUGAAACGCUCCGUCUGUAUCCACCGGUCGCAACGCUGCACAGAAUCACCACCCAACCCUACCAACUCCCUAACGGUGCCAUCCUCCCGGAAGGUGUUGGUGUGAUCCUGCCCAACCUAGCCUUCCACUACGACCCGGACUACUUUCCCGAUCCGUACGAUUUCAAGCCGGAACGGUUUGCGGUAAAAAACGAUUUCAAGAACAACUUUAGCUAUUUACCCUUCGGCGAAGGGCCACGGAUGUGUAUCGGGAUGCGCUUUGGGCUGCUGCAGACACGGCUCGGACUGGCGAUGCUGUUGCGCAACUACCACUUCACCAUUGACCCGUCGGACGCGGCCCGUCCGUUGCGCAUCGAUCCGAUCAAUUUGACGCACGGACCGGAGGGGCAAGUGUGGCUGAACGUUGAACGUAUCGCAUAAAAAUGUUCCUCUACCUACAGACUACCUCAGCGGAAAGCGGUCUAACCGUUUAACCAAUGGAAAUAAAACGCGCUUAAGCGGCAACCACUCGGUUGAGCUUUUUCACCUUCAA